AAACUACUAGUUGUGGUUUGUUCCACAUGGCCCUUUUCUUCUCACCAUUUUCAUUUAAUUUUGGUGCCUCUGUUCAAUAAAGGAAUGCAAUCACGUAUUAAUGUUUUUACAGAGUAGUUCAGAUUUUUUUGUUUUUCAAUUCAGUACAUGUAUUAAAGUGACAGGACUCAGCAGCGGCGAAGACGUAAUUGCGGACGGAUUAGAGAGAUAUGGGGCUCGAAAGUUGCGCCGCCGCCGCCGCUUCUCCGUCGUCUUCUCCGUCGGCGACGGCUAAACGAGGUAGAGAUCCCGAAGAUGAGGUUUAUAUAGAUAAUCUGAACUGCCACAAGCGUUAUCUCAGCGAGGUUAUGGCUUCAAGUUUGAAUGGGCUGACUGUUGGAGAUUCACUGCCUGAAAACCUUAUGCAUUCUCCGGUGCGGUCCGAAAACAUGUUGCCCUAUCUUAGAGAAGAAACAUCAUCACCAAUGUCGGAAGAUUCAGACGACUCGAGAUAUUACGAGAGUUCAACAAACACCUGUCCUUCCCAGCCGGAGAGUGGGACCACUAGCCCAGUUUCUCCUUACAGGGGGCAAAAACCCCUAAUAAGCGGAUUCACAUCCGGUGGGGCCACAACUUCGUAUCCUCCACAUGGCAGUAUUGCUUCUUCUCUGCCACGUCAGCGCAGCUCCGACACCGAGGGCCGGUUCCCAUCAUCGCCCAGCGACAUAUGCCACUCGGCCGACUUGAGAAGAACUGCACUUUUACGAUCCGUGCAAAUGAGGAGUCAGCCUUUGUUGUCUUCACAAUAUGAAUUGCCGGCAAGUUUAGGACAAGAAUCUUGUAAUAAUGUUGGAGUGGAGGAUAGAGCGUGUUCGUAUAUGAAGGUUGAUGUUGAUGUUGAUGAGGAGUAUGAGAUUGCUGAAAGUACGAGUUUGGGUGUGUCGGAAUGUAAAGAUGGGGAUAAGUCUUGCGGGACUUCGGUAGUGGAGUUGAAAGGGGAUGAAUCUGCUGCUGAGUGAGUGAUGGUGGUUGUUUGGAAAUUUUGCCUUAAAUUUAGGGCAUUUUUGCAAAUCCGAAGAUUUAAAUUGUAUUGGUAUAUUGAUAUGAUGAUGAUUCUUACAGAGGCCCCUAGUGUAUUUGCAUGUUUGUAAAUUUAUAUAUUUUCUGAGUAGACAUUGAACUAACCUUCUGAUUACGAAGGCGCGAAACGUUUUCGAUCUCAUUUUGUAACCGAAAUUCGUGAUCCAAACUAAAGAUGGUCAUUUUUCUUGGAUUGUUUCGAAGAUAAAGAGGUUGAAUGCUUU